UAGAUAAAUAGCAUCACACAAAAACCCUGGGACUCAAUCUGUCUGUUCAUAUAAAAGUCGACAAUACAAAGACAAAUUCAUUCUGCCUAUAUGUUGUCGAGAGGCUUGCGCGUCUAAUUUAAAUAUGAGUUUUAUGAAAAUAGCAAUAUUGCUAUGCUCAAUAGCAACAGCAAAAGCUUUAGGAGAAAACAGCAGUGAAUUGGACACAACUCGACGGAGCGGCGGCUAUGGGUUGCUGAGACCCGGGUACCAAGCAGGUUAUAACCAAGGUUAUGGCGGCUACGGGGGGGGUAUCGGAGGGGGGUAUGGCGGUGGAUAUGGCGGAUACCCGGGUGGCUAUCCGGGUGCAAGCGGAUAUCCGGGUGGAUUCGGUGGUAGUGGAUACCCGGGUGGUGUAAGUGGAGGUUACGGUGGUUACCUAGGAGGAAACCCAGGCUUCGGAGCACCAGGAUACCCUGGCUACGGAGGUUAUCGACCAAACUAUAACAGGCCAGGUUUUGACGGCAGACCUGGUUAUCCGGGCAACGGAGGUUACCCAGGCGCUAUCGGAGGAUACCCAGGCGCAGGCGGAUACCCAGGCAACUCAUACCCGGGAACAUACCCUGGUUACCGGCCCGGAUACAACCAAAACCGGCCCGGGUAUAACCCUUACCAGGGCAGCGGCAACUAUUUCGGAGGUUACAAUGACGGUUAUAAUGAUAACUUUAGGCUCUUGGGCAGAAAAGUGGGGGAAAAGAGCGCUUCAACAGAAAAAGACGUAAAAUAGUUUAUUUAUUAUAUUAUAGAAGUAUGUACCUGCACUGUUUUAUUAUAUUUUAAUUUAAUUA